CCUGGCGGUUGGUCUAGUCUGAUAGGCAUAAUCACGGCAAUUUGCGGGAACAUAUUCAUAUCGUUCGCGCUCAACACACAACGGUAUGCUCAUAUAAGGUUGAACAGGGAUCGAGAGGAGUGGCAGGAGAAGCAGAAGGCUCAGCAGAGGCAACGCAAGAACAGGCCCAGGACGUAUGGCACCCAGCAGAUCGAUAUAGCAGAGCAGAGAGCGAAGGAGAAUGCGAAGUCAGAGCCCACUGAUGGCGCCGAAGCCUACACGCUCGAGGAAGGUGUCGAGAACCAUGAGGGUGAUCCGCUUAUCCCACGUAUAGACGCCGGGGAGGCCAUAGAUACACAAGGAGAUGGUCAGGCUGAAGAUGAUGGUGAGCAGAAAGACAAGUCCUACCUCAAGUCUCCGAUAUGGUGGCUUGGCAUAGGCUUGAUGGUGGUCGGAGAAGCAGGCAACUUCCUGGCCUACGGCUUUGCACCAGCCUCCAUUGUCUCACCAUUGGGUGUGGUGGCACUGGUCUCGAACUGCUUGAUCGCACCUCUACUGCUCGGCGAACGCUUCCGUUGGCGAGAUGCGGUUGGAGUGAUCAUUGCCACGGCCGGCUGCGUUACUGUUGUGCUCAGUGCAAGCGACAAUAAUCCCAAGCUCACGCCCGACAAGAUCUGGGAGCUGAUCACGCAGUGGGAGUUCGAGACUUACUUGGGUGUCACUUUGCUGCUGAUAUGUAUACUGUUCGUGGCCAGCAACAAAUAUGGUGAUCGGACGGUACUCAUCGACCUCGGCCUGGUGGCCUUGUUCGGCGGUUACACGGCACUUUCAACGAAAGGAAUAGCUUCCUUGCUGUCGAACACCAUCUGGCACGUCGUCACGUUCCCAAUCACGUACCUUCUACUUGCGGUGCUCAUCUUCACCGCUGUGAUGCAGAUCAAGUACGUCAACCGGGCCCUACAACACUUCAAUGCUACCGUAGUGAUUCCGACGCAGUUCGUGCUCUUCACGAUCUCUGUGAUCGUGGGUAGUGCCGUGUUAUAUCGCGACUUCGAACGCGAGGCUGCCGGAGACGCUGCCAAGUUUAUCGGUGGAUGUGCGCUGACUUUCCUUGGGGUGUGGUGCAUUACUUCAGGUCGACAGGAUAACGGGGAG